AUGUUUAUGCAAGGUAGACGAUCCCAAAAUUCAGCUGUCGUUGUCUACAAUCCUGAGAUUGAACGAACUCUUAGACGUCUUCGUAAGCAAGCUGAGAGGGCAAAACUUAACACACAAAGAGAAGAUUUUGAAAAAGGAGAAAGAUUAGAAUCUGUGAACGAAAUGGGGGAUGAGCAGGUUCGAAGGCCAAUGAAGGACUCCAUUGUCCCUCAAAACCUUAAUCAACCAUCAUGCAUUGCCUACCAACCAACUGUGCAAGGCAGCUUCAAUUUAUCACCUCAAUUGCUUAACAUGGUGCCACACUACAGAGGCACACCUUCUGAGGAUCCAUACUUGCACAUUAGCGAUUUCUUUGAUCUCUGCAAGACUCAGAACAUACAAGGCUUAACAACAGAAGGAAUCAGAUUAAUUCUUUUUCCUUUCUCCUUAAAAGAUAAUGCUAAGUUGUGGUUGAAUUCUCUGGCUGCAGGUUCCAUUACUACUUGGGAACAAUUGGCCACUAAAUUUUUGAAGACGUUUUUCCCAGCCCAAAAGACAAGACAACUUAAAAGGGAGAUUCAAACUUGCAACAGAAGGAUGGAGAUCUUUCCUUUGAGGCAUGGGAGCAUUUCAAGGAGUUGCUUCUCAAGUGUCCACAUCACAAUCUAUCUCAAGAUGAUCAGGUACAAGCUUUUUAUGAAGGUUUAA